AUGAUUUUGUCUUCCAAUUUUCUUCUUGCUUCUUCUCACUGUCUUUCUUCUCUCUUUCUUUUUUCUUUCUUUUUUAUUCACUUGCUCUGUGUCUCUUUCUUUGUUUCUUUCUUUGUUUUUAGACAGCAAAUACUUUUUGUAUCUUUCUUUCUUUCUUUCUUUUCUUUCGGCAGUUGCGGGGACGCCUCAGGCCCUGUCCUAGCGGAUGGUAUUAAUAGAAAUAAACUUUCUUUCUUUAUUCGACCUCUGUCUGUCUGUCUGUCUCUUUCUUUCUUUCUUCUCCUUUCUUUCUUCCUUUCUUUCUUUCUUUCUUUCUUUCUUUCUUCUCUCUUUCUCUCUCUCUCUUUCUUUUUUCUUUCUUCUCGCUCUCUGUCUUUCUUCCUUUCUUCUGUCUCUAUCUCUGUCUUUCUUUCUUCUCUCUUUCUUUUUUCUUUCUUUCUUUCCUUAUUUCUUUUUCUUUCUUUUUUCUUUCUUUCUUUUCUUUCUUUCUUUUUUCUUUUUCUUUCUUUUUUUCUUUCUUUUUUAUUCGCUUACUCUGUCUUUCUUUCUUUCUUUCUUUCUUUCUUUCUCCACUCUCUCUCUCUCUUUCUUCUCUCUUUCUUUCUUUCUUUCUUUCUUUCUUUUUUUCUUUCUUUCUUUCCGAUAUUGUUAAUACACUAUCACUCAAAUCCUGUCUGCCCAUAUCUAUCUAUCUAUCUAUCUAUCUAUCUAUCUAUCUAUCAACGACUGUUUCGUUCCAGGUGUAGCUAUCUUAGUCUGUUCCCUAUCUAUCUAUCUAUCUAUCUAUCUAUCUAUCUAUCUCUGUUCAUUAUGUACCUAUUCGCACAUAUAUUGUGA